UCCACGCUCUAUAGCCUUUUGGAAGGCACCGCGCAUUCCUCCCCGCAAGUGCAGCAUAACAACCGCUGCAUCUUUGACCGUCGCAACAUGCGACGGCACUCGCUACCAAAUGCAAAGUGACCAAGCCGAUCUUUUGUUUUCGAAUUGCCGCCAUCUGAUAUUUCUCGAUCCCCUUGACCGGCGCGCUGUCGCGCCCCGCGCGAAUCGUCACCAUGCGGACGGCUCAACAUCCGCAGGCAAAGUUCGACCCUAUCCCGCCUGAUCUCGACUUGCACGCUCUUGUCGAGAGGACCCCCAACUUCCAUUGGGUCUUGCGUGUCUCGGCUGCUCAGAUCCGCAACAUCGGACCACAGGAAUUCGAAAGGCUGGUGUUCCUCCAUGUCGUCCAUGGCGGGAAGCCGCUGGUUAUCGAGAAAUGGAACGACCGGUUGCCCAAGUCGCUUUUCAGCGCAGAGUGGUUGGAGCGUACAUACAACAAGAAACCCGAGAAUGUCCGGGAUCUAACGGGCCAAACCGACAUUCCGAUGACACUAGGUCAUUACCUACGGUCGAUGAAGAUCCUCACGAACCAGUGGACGCCAACCAACUUUCGCGAUGAGCGACGGCAACGACUCUAUCUGAAAGACAUGGACUGCCCGCCCGAGUGGCAGCAGUACCUUCAGCGUAUCAUCCCGCCCAACCUGUUCUACAUGAACGAGAGCAUCGACGAACGGUCCGGCAAAGGCCGAGGGGAUUCCGACAUGGACAUCUUCCAGGAGGGACGAUCUAUCGCACCUGCCGGUGACCUCAUGAGCAGCCUGCCCGAAGAGAUGCGCGCCCAAAACCUCAUGUGCUAUGUCGGCCACGAAGGCACCUACACCCCUGCGCACCGGGAAAUGUGCGCCAGCCUGGGCCAGAAUAUCAUGGUGGACGCGUCCGGCGACGAGAACGGGGAGAAGCCGGGGAGCUCGAUAUGGUUCAUGACCGAGACCAAAGACCGCGAAGUAGUAAGGGAGUACUUUCUGUCCAUGUUGGGUCACGAUAUCGAAAUCGAGAAGCAUUUCGCCCAGAUCAACGCUUGGAAGAAGGCGACAUUUCCCGUCUAUAUCGUGGAGCAGAAGGUUGGUGACUUCAUCCUCGUCCCUCCCCUGGCUCCCCAUCAGGUCUGGAACCGCGGCACCAGGACCAUCAAGGUUGCCUGGAAUCGGACCACGGUCGAGACACUGCAGCUGGCGCUGAGCGAGGCCCUGCCGAAGGCGAGACUUGUCUGCCGGGAUGAGCAGUACAAGAACAAGGCCAUCAUCUUCUAUACCCUCGAGAAGUACUACAAGGAGAUGGUGGAAAUGGAAAAGACAGCCGACAUCGGCUUGCUCGGGUUCGGCCAAGAUCUCAUCAAGAACUCGACACGGAUGAAGCAGAUGGCGGCCGAUUUCAAGGCACUCUUCCAGCUAUACACCAGGAUCCUGGUCGACGAGAUGUUCGCCACCAGGGAGAAGGAGGUCGAGUAUAUCGAGUACGACUCCAACAUCACCUGCUCCUACUGCCGAGCAAACAUCUUCAACCGCUUCUUGACAUGCAAGCACUGCAUACGCCAGCUAGUCAACGGAGACGAGGACACGUAUGACAUCUGUAUGGAGUGCUAUGCCAUGGGCCGCUCGUGCUUCUGCGUUUCCAACCUCAGCUGGUGCGAGCAGUGGCGCUGGUCGUACCUGGUUGACCGGUACGAGACUUGGCGAGCUUUGAUCAUCAAGAACGACGGCUACAUCAACUUGGAAAGCUCGCCCCUUCCGCUAGAGCUCGCUAGAAAGAGGUCCGGUAAAAAGUCAGUUGCCCAGAUUUGCCAGGAGCAACUUCGGAUGCGGCCCUGGAAGGAUAUCACUCAAGUCAAAGAGCCAUCCGACCGUGAGGAGUCGGACGUCGAGGUUGAUGACAAUGGUAGGCCAGUGAAGAAGAGGAGAAAGAGAAAGGCAAAGAAGGGCGACGUGUACCGCUGUCACGUCUGUCAGCACAAGGACUACACCUACAAGUUGGCCUUCUGCUCCAACGAGGGAUGCACCGACGCGUACUGCUACGGUGUGCUCUACAGGGCUUUCGACUUGAUGCCCCAGGAUGUGAUGCAGAACGAGCAUUGGCAGUGUCCCAAAUGCCUCAAGAUCUGCAACUGCGCCGCCUGCCGUCGAGCUGGAAACGGCGUUCCUUACAUUCCCAAGACCACCUUACUCGGACACGACACCCGGCGAAUCGCAGACGACCGCAGCGUCGAGACCUUGGUCGACUUCCGUGUCCACAACCUGAUGUGGCUCAAGAGCGUCGGUGACGAAAGCCGAAGCCUGUCGAGCAAGCGGAUGCAGAGGCUACAACAGGCGGCUGAAGCGGAGAAGGCGAAGCAAGCAGAGCUCGCCAACCAGAUUCCUGCCCUACCCGACGGUGCACUUGCAGAAACCCUGGAUGCCGCUAUGCAGCAACCAGUUGCCAACGGGUUCUCUCAUCAAGACGGAACGCAAGCUUCCGGUCCGACGCCCGUGGGAGACUAUAUCGCGGCUCCGGGAGCGCCUGAUGGACAUCAUCAGCAGAAUGGGGACCAUGGAGUUCCGCCCGCCGAAGUUGCUGACAUGUCCAUGGUCGUGGCUGAGGAUCAGUCCUCAUACCCAGACCCCUCCGUGCUUGGCCGGGAACGAAUGCUCGGAAUGGGUUAUUACGAACAGGACGACAGUCCUGACAAGAUUCUUUUCGAUCCAUAUCAAGCGCCCUCGGCCGAUAGUAUGUUGUUGGUCGACGAUCAGCCGGAGAUGUCGGAGUAUUUUAGGAAGCAAAUUCGAAUCGCGAAGCGACGGGCUAGACAGGAAGGUGAUGACGAUCCGGACUUCCAAGUGCCACGGUCUCAUCAUAGGAAGAGGCCCAAGCUCGGCCCGGAGCCCCAACGAGAUGAGCAGGAGAUUGCCCUGAGCAACAUGGAUCCGGCUCUGUUCGACGGCGAUAGGACCGUGAAUGAUGUUCCCACAGAAGACCAAGAGGCUAGGCCGGUUCAGUCUGAGGCGCCGGCAGAGGCUCCACAACAAACGAGCGAGCCGGUCGAAUCAGCGGAAGAAACAGCUGAGGUUCAGAAACCACGCGCCUAUUCCCCCAACCGACCUGCUCUCAGGCAUGCCCGACCCAAGAUCGGGUAUCAGGACGACGAAAACGGCGAGGAGGAGUUCAACGAACUUGUCGUUCCUCGCUCGCCGAGGGCACCGGAGGGCAUUGCGAGUUACAGACCCGAGGACGCCAACAAGGAUCCCCUCGACCUGGCGUCGGCGGCCAUCUUCACAAUGACCAGUGGUGCCACAUCAGCCGCCCAAGACUCCGGCUUAGCUGCUCCCCCUAAGAAGCGGGGCCGACCGCGGAAGUCGGACGUAUCGGGGGCGCAGAGCAAUGCUCCUCCAGUUCCCGAGCCGGAAAAGCCAGCGAGGCGGCGUGGCCGCCCCCCUCGAGCGCGCCCUUCCCUUGACGCCGAGCCUGAAGCUGAGGACGACGCGGACCUCGAUGCCCAGCUCGCCCAACAACUUGACGCGUUCGACGAAACAGGGGAGGUCAUUAUUCGCACGGAGACGACGCCACCGAAUGAACCUGUGGCGUCCACCGGCCCAAGGAAACGGGGCCGUCCGCGGCGUAACCCGCCGCCAGAGGCUCCGGCGAAGAAGUCGGAAAUAACUAUCGAGUUGCCGUCUCAGUCUUUGGUGUCUAUGGCCGACAAAAUGCGGCUCAAGGGAAAGAAGUUCAGGAUCGGCCGGCGCGAAAAUCUGGAGAGCGCCAAGCCGCAGACAUCUCCUAAACAUGAUACUAGAGGAAGCAGCACUCACGAGGCUCAGCCUCAACCAGCCGCUGAGGAGAGGGGCAAACCUGGAAAGGAGCAAGCGACCCGAAGUGGAAGGGACUGCGAGAACGAAGACCAAGAUGAAGACUUUGAUCCAAACGCGGAGGAAGAAGAGGUGGUGUCGGAUGAGGCAGGCAGCCCUUCGCCACCACCAACUUCGUCUGCUUCCGCGCGCGUCCAGCCCGAGAUGUUGCCAGAGUCUGAUGGUGCCUUUGCGCCGAGCAAACCUGACACACCGCCUUCCGCCUCCUCUAUGGCCGCACGGGAAGCACCUCGCUCAACAUCCCCCCCACAGGGAUCCGUCGCCGGGUCAGAAGGUGAAAAUGAACCCGAACCUGGUGUCAAGCUCGAGCCAUCCUCCGCCGCCGCCGCCGUCGAACCAACACCACCUUCGGAGCCAUCUCCACCGCCGUCCCAGCCGCGUGUCCCUUCCGGUCCGACCAUCGUUAGGCUCGGGGACCUGGACGAGGAAGAAGAGGACAGCAGUUACGGAGAGGGUGGGUCGCCGUCGCCCUCGGGGUCGACGUCUGGAUCUGAUGAGGAGGAGGGCGGGGUGACCGGCGCGCAGGAACCGAGUGAUUCGGACUCGGACGAUGACGAAGAUAUACCUGCGAGGCCGACUCUGGCGAGCCGGGGCAGAGGAGGGCUGAGAGGGAGGGGUAGAGGAAGGGGCAGGGGCAGAGGGAGGGGACGGGGUAGGGGGAUGUGAAAACCUGAAGUAAUGUUUGGUAUUUCUUGAGACGGUUUCCCUGUCUGGUAGGAGGCGUACCAUAACCGGGCGACGUUCUGGUGCAGCAGCGGCGUCUUGGGAAGAGGACAUACUUGCCUCCGGUCUUCGACAACUGGGGGCUGUGUGGCUCUUGUGAAAGGGCA